AUUGAAGUGUGUGUGCCUUUUGUGUGACUCCUCAAACUUCACCUGCCAAACAGAAGGAGCAUGUUGGGCCUCAGUCAUGCUCACCAAUGGGAAGGAGCAGGUGAUCAAAUCUUGUGUGUCGCUCCCAGAGUUAAAUGCACAAGUCUUCUGUCACAGUUCCAACAAUGUUACCAAAACUGAAUGCUGCUUCACAGAUUUUUGCAACAACAUAACACUACACCUUCCAACAGCAUCACCACGUGCUCCCAAACUUGGACCCACAGAGCUGACCAUUGUUAUUACUGUGCCCAUUUGCCUCCUGUUCAUAGCUGCCAUGCUGACAAUAUGGGUGUGCCAAGAUCGGCAGUGCACACACAGGAAGAAAAAGAGAUCAAACGUGGAAGAAGCACUUUCUGAGUGCAACCUGGGAAAUGCUGGAAAAACCCUGAAAGAUCUGAUCUAUGAUGUAACUGCCUCAGGAUCUGGCUCUGGUCUGCCCCUCUUGGUUCAAAGAACAAUUGCGAGGACGAUUGUACUUCAGGAAAUAGUAGGAAAAGGCAGAUUUGGCGAGGUGUGGCAUGGUAAGUGGUGUGGUGAAGAUGUGGCUGUGAAGAUAUUCUCCUCCAGAGAUGAGAGAUCUUGGUUUCGUGAGGCAGAAAUCUACCAGACGGUGAUGCUGCGACAUGAAAACAUCCUUGGUUUCAUCGCUGCUGACAACAAAGAUAAUGGAACAUGGACUCAACUCUGGCUUGUAUCUGAGUAUCAUGAACAAGGCUCCCUGUAUGACUACUUGAACAGAAACAUAGUGACUGAAGCUGGAAUGGUCAGACUUGCACUUUCAAUAGCUAGCGGUCUGGCUCACCUCCACAUGGAGAUUGUUGGGACACAAGGUAAACCUGCCAUUGCUCAUCGAGAUAUAAAGUCAAAAAAUAUCUUAGUGAAAAAGUGUGAAACAUGUGCCAUAGCCGACCUCGGGUUGGCUGUAAAGCACGAUUCAGUACUGAACACGAUCGACAUACCUCAGAACCCAAGGGUGGGAACCAAGAGGUACAUGGCUCCAGAAAUGCUGGAUGAUACAAUGAACUUGAAUAUUUUCGAGUCCUUCAAAAGAGCUGACAUCUAUUCUGUUGGUCUAGUUUACUGGGAAAUAGCCCGAAGGUGUUCAGUUGGAGGAAUUGUUGAGGAAUAUCAGUUGCCUUAUUAUGACAUGGUGCCUUCAGACCCCUCAAUUGAGGAAAUGAGGAAGGUUGUUUGUGACCAGAAGUUGCGACCCAGUAUCCCAAACCAGUGGCAAAGCUGUGAAGCACUCCGGGUCAUGGGAAGAAUAAUGCGUGAGUGCUGGUAUGCCAGUGGGGCAGCCCGCCUAACGGCCCUUCGAAUUAAGAAAACCAUUUCUCAACUUUGUGUCAAGGACGAUUGCAAAGCCUAAUUAUAAUAACCAUGUCCCAAGGAAAUCUCUCACAGCUUUCUUUCUUGCUUCUCUGCUUUAUUUGUGAAUGUUUUUUGCUUUUUUGUUUUGCUUGAUUUGGUUUGGUUCUACCUCAAAGAUAAUUCAGAACAGUGUUUAAGUGCCCAAAGGCAGCAUGAAAAGAUGACUUCAAGUUAUGCAUGGACAG